AUGUUUCCCGCUGCCAUGCCCUGGAGAUCUUCCCUUGUUUGCAUCGCUCUAGCCGCCAUGUCGCUCGUGCCGACUGCCCAAUCGUUCACCUCAACCCCAACUCUGCAGCUGCGGCACAUGGAGAGGAGGGUGGCCAUGGCGCGGGGAGGAGCAAGGGUUCGUCGAGGACGUUGCAGGCUCUCAGCGUUGCAAGACCCCAGGGUGCACUUGGUGGAUGGGAGGGAGGAGGGAGAGGAGGGAGCUAUGAUUGAGGGGAAGCUCGUGCCGCAGAUGAAACGAGCAUGGAAGCCUUGGACGGAGGUUGAGAUUCCCUCCUGGCUCCUUGAGGAGAUGUACGAGGACAGGACUUUUGAUGCCAGGACCCACAUGGUCAUGGGGGAGAAGGAGAAGGAGGAGGAGAAGGAGGAGGAAGAUCGAGCUAAGGCUGACUCCCCCUACAUCUCUGAAGUCUUUCUGAAGGAGGGAGGUCUCGAGCGCUUCCUGGAUGAGGAGGCGAAGAGGGUGAAGGGGACGGAAGGGGGUAUGCCUUUCCCCGCCAUGGUUGUGAGGGAGGGGAGGAUUGAAGAGGCUGCGAGGGGGGAGGUCAGAGGAGGAGAGGAGAGGAGGAGGAGGGCGAGAUCAGGAGGAAGACUGUUCGCCAAGGAUUUCCUCACCUACUCCCCAUCGGAGAUCAAAGCAUACUACGACCGCAACCCCAUCCCUGUCCUCGUUCGCCUGCUUGAGGUCGGUGUUCCCGUCGGCAAGUGGCUCCUCAACGUGGCCCUGGACUUGCUGAUGAGCAGGAAGGGGAAGGAGCUGAGAAAGCAGCGGGCGAGAGAGCUGAGGAGGGUGCUGGCAGACGCUGGGCCUACCAGCAUCAAGAUCGGGCAAGCGCUGAGCAACAGGCCGGACGUGGUGCCUGCGGAGUACAUGGAGGAGCUGCAGCAGCUGCAGGACAACGUCGGUGCGUUUGCUACGGAGGAAGCGAUGGCGAUCAUAGAGGAGGAGAGCGGGAGGUCGGUGGAGGAGUUGUUCGAGUUCUUCUCGCCUGAGCCAGUCGCGUCCGCCUCCCUCGGGCAGGUCUACAGGGCCAGGCUGCACAGGGGAGCAGCAGGAGCAGCAGGAGCAGCAGGAGAAGGAAGGGAUGUAGCAGUGAAAGUGCAGCGGCCGGGGCUGACGCAGACGAUGCCGAUCGAUAUGUACAUCUUACGAGGGAUGGCGGGGGUGGCAAAGAGGAGCAUGAAGCUGCGAUCGGACCUGUCGGCAAUCUUGGAUGAGUUUGCAGAGCGUCUGUUCGAGGAGGUGGACUACCGGCAAGAAGCAAGGAACGCGCGGAGAUUCAAGGAGCUGUAUGGGGAGAUCAGCGGGCUGGUGGUACCGGAGGUGGAGGAGGAGCUCUGCACGAGGAGGGUGAUGGUGAUGGAGUGGAUUGAGGGGGCGAAGCCGCCAUGGGCGGAGACGCAGGAGGAGAGGAGAAAAGUGACGGCGACCGAGGAGGAGAGGAAAAACUGCUCGAUGAUGGUUUCUUUCAUGCUGAUCCCCACUCGGGAAACUUGCUGA